ACUGGUCGUCUCCCCCUUGUCUCCAUCGAGACCACGCGCUAUUCAUUCUCUUCUUCACCUCCCGUAAGUCUGCCCUCGUUUACCAUCCUUUCCGACCCCAAUUCGCCUUCCGCUUGGUCGCCGUGAUCGAUUCCUCUCCCCACCCAGGCAUGAUUUCGAUGAGGGUUUUAGUCCAAAAAAUCAAGCUUGGAACUUCCUUUGAAGCGAUUUAAGCAUCAUUUUUUCUGCGAGGUAUUUGAGUUUUGGGGGAGCUUCUGGUGCCGAUAUUGAUAAAAAGAUUUCAUUUCUACGUCUUGUCUUGUUUUGAGAUAUUGGGCUCUCGAUCAUUUUGUCAAUAUGGUUGAGGGCGCCAAGUUCACAGGAUUUAUGGGUGCUAUCCAUGGAAAUGACAACAUGAACAGCUUCUAUGACAUGGUCCAAUAUCGGAAGCUCGGGGAGGGGUCCAACAUGUCCAUAGAUAGCUUUGCAAGCCUUCAGACCAGCAAUGGCGGCUCUGUCCCUAUGUCCAAGGAGAACAGCAGUGUUGGCUCGAAUGACUCGCGCACUGGAAUCCUCCAAUAUCCUGGGAUUCACUCUAUCCCUGUCAUCAAUUAUUCCUCCGGUCACAGUGUCCACCCUGGAAGGGUAUCCCAUGCUCUCAAUGAUGAUGCUCUCGCGCAAGCUUUGAUGGACCCCCGAUACCCUACUGAGACCCUUCAGAAUUAUGAUGAAUGGGCCAUUGAUCUUAGAAUGCUCAACAUGGGAAUGGCUUUUGCACAAGGGGCCUUUGGGAAGCUUUACAAGGGCACCUACAAUGGAGAGGAUGUUGCAAUUAAGUUGUUGGAGAGACCCGAGAAUGAUCCAGAGAGAGCUCAGCUGAUGGAACAGCAGUUUGCCCAGGAGGUAAUGAUGCUGGCCAAUCUGAAGCACCCAAAUAUAGUCAGAUUCAUUGGGGCAUGCAGGAAGCCAGUGGUUUGGUGCAUUGUCACCGAGUAUGCAAAGGGUGGUUCUCUCAGGCAGUUUUUAAUGAAAAGACAGAAUAGGUCCGUUCCACUGAAGUUGGCCGUCAAGCAGGCUCUAGAUGUUGCCAGAGGGAUGGUUUAUGUCCAUGGAUUGGGUUUAAUUCACAGGGACCUCAAGUCUGACAACCUGCUUAUCUUUGCUGACAAGUCCAUUAAGAUUGCUGAUUUUGGAGUUGCCCGCAUUGAGGUGCAGACCGAGGGGAUGACACCCGAGACUGGAACAUAUCGAUGGAUGGCUCCGUAAGUUCUUUGGCAUUUAUCAUGGCCCUCUUUGUUUGCAAUUGAAACCACCAAAAACAUUGGUGCUGGACUUGUUUUGAUUUUUUUUUUUUUUUUAUAACUGUUGCAUAAUCUCUUGAACUUAUUCAUUCUUUAUGAUAUUUUACUUGACUAGCUGGAUGUGGUUUAUAGGACAAGUGUUAGUGUUGUGUUUGAAUUAUUUCCAUUUCUGUGUAUACUCUAUUAUCAUCUCAUGUAGUUGUCAUGGGCCAGCAUCUACAUCUCAGGGUUUAAUGGCAUUCUAAAAUGAGGAAACAAGCCAACUUUUGGUUGUUUACUUUGUCUAUAGUUUUACCACUAUCAUUCCUGCAUUUGCUUCCAUAUCAGGAUGCAGCAUUAAAUAUGCAGACCUGGACUAUUUUGCAUACUUUAAUACCUGUAUUUUCCUGCUCAAUACUCUUGGUGGCUAAAUUAUUGUUCAUUCAUUUUCUGCCACAAAUAUUUUUGCCACGGCAUGUGGAGAUUGAUCCUUGUGUUACUUUUAUGUUUUGUCAUGCUGUUAAUGAAUGCGAUAUGCUACGUAUAUUUCUGGGGACAGUUGAUCUUAUCUCAAAUUCCAUCGUAUUAUGGUCAUAUGGUCAAUGUUCAUAGGUAGGAAUGUUACCCUGUCUUUUUCCCCUGCAAUUUUGAGCAU